GAAGAAUUAACUGUGUACAAAAUUAUAAUAGGUUAUUUAACCAAUUUUGAUAGAUAUACUUUAUUUUUUGCAUUUUUAUACAUUUGAAUCCAUUGAGAAUACAAUUAUUUUCUUAUUUGAAAUUACAAAUGAAUACUGAAUCAUUGGGUGCAAUAGAACAUGAAGACGAAAAUAAUCUUAAAAAAGGGGCAGUAGCGGAAGCCAAUGAUCUUUUAAAAAAUGGAAUUUUCAUUGAAACUAACACGGGCCUUGUUUGUAUGACAGUAAAUGAUGCUUUAUCUAAGAAUUUAAACCUAUCUGUGGAAGAUCUGAAAAAUGUGGCUGCUCAACUUAUUUUGCAGGAGAGUAUACUGGAUACCAAACCAACUACUGGAUUGAGAAUUUGCGAAAGUGAUGGUUUCUCUAGUGAAUGUAGUGAUAGCACUUAUGUUACAAGUGAACCUUCAAGCAGUUUCAGCCGACCAAAAAGUUCUGUUAGAACUGAUAAAUCAAGUGAAGAAUCAGACUCAACAAAAAGCAGUAUAGAUGUGAUUAAAAGUGAAUCUUCAAUAUCAUUUUACGAGACUCCUAUUAUUACUAAGAAGAAGGGAAGGGGUGGUUGGCCAAAAGGCAGAAAACGAAAGCCUGAAUUGCUUAACUUACCUCCAAAAGCACCAGCAACUGGUUACAAUUUAUAUUUAAAUGAACAAAGAGGUUAUUUUAAAGACAGCAACCUUCUAUUCUAUGAAAUAACUAAAAUAAUAGGAAAUAAAUGGUCUAGUUUAUCUCUAGAAGAAAAAAAGCCUUAUUUGGAUAAAGCAGAAGAAGACAAAAAGCGAUACAGAGAGGAACUUAAACAAUAUAGACAAUCUGAUGCCUAUAGAACCUAUUUAAGUAAAAAGAGAAAGAAAAAACUGCAGAACAAUGUACUUUCUGAAAGUGAUAUGGAUGCUACAGAUGAUUUUGAUGAAGAAGACAAUGAAGAACUUUAUUGUCGAACCUGUGAUCAAUGGUUUCAUAAUUUUCAUAAUAAAAAGGAACAUUUGCAGGCAAAAAAACAUUUAACUUCAGUGGCAGGAGAUAUACAUAGAGAACUAAAAAAUAAUGAUUCUCAAUUUGUUAGUACUUCUCUUGAUGAAUCUAGUCUAGACUGUAUGUCAGAUUCCAGAAAUACUCAAGCUGUUAAGACAUCCAACAGUUCUAUUGAUGAAGCAAUGAAUAAUUUAUUGGUAUUAGUCUACAGAAGGGACUGUGAAAUAAAAACUCUCAGGAACAGGCAGCAAGAAGCAAUCGAUCAGCAAAAGGCAUUAUGUCAGCAACUGCUUCAACUGAAUGAGAGGUUUAUUUUUAAACGGCUGAGAGAGCUUCAAAUGACGCACGACAAACUAAAAAAGAGCGUGGAAGUGAAAUUCCUGAAGAAAGAAAUAAGAAUAUCUUGGUUUAUUAACCGCAAAUGUAGGAAAAUCCACCCCGAAAGUAAUUCAAAAAUACAGCAAGUAGAUGGAGGGUUUUUCGAAAAAUUCGGAAUGCUUUUCCGCGAAAAUGCGGAAAUGGCUGCUACACAAGAGCAGCUGGAAAAGGAAAAAGUAGCUGAAGCGGCCGCGCAAAUUAUGCCUAGUAUCAGCAGAGAGGACAGCGGAGAAGUACUUUUGACUGAAUCAGGUCAAGUUGAAAGCGAAACUGAGGAUAUUUCUGAAAACUCCCUGACCAGUUCGGAUUCCGAGAACGAACAGGACAAAGACAAAACCGAGUUUAUAUCGGCAGCCUUAAACAUUGACGAACUAUACACCGAAGUACUAUAUACAAUUUUGCAUAAUGUAGGCUGUGACAUAAGUCUGGACUGCGGACAGACUGCGCUAUUUUCCUACGCACAAGACGCCUUCAAAAUUCAAAAUGAAAAACACAGACACCUUCUUGAGGUGGCGGAAAGCAAAGAAGAUCCCGAAUUGAUGAUAAACGUCGAAGUAAUUGAGGCGAAAGACUUGAGACCUAAGGAUUCUAACGGAAUGAGUGAUCCAUUUGUGACUUUAUAUCUUACUUCAAACACGUCCCAUAGAUAUAAUACAUCGGUCAAAACAAUGACAUUGAAUCCGGUCUGGGAAGAACAUUUUGGGUUGCCAAUUGCGGAUAACGCCAUCGAUGACACUCUUUGCUUAGAGGUGUGGGAUUUUGAUCCAGCUGAAACAGUAAAAGAGAAAUUGGGAAAAAUAUUCGAAGUAAAGGGCGUAAAAGGUAUGAGAAAAUUGGUAAAAGAAAUUGCGGUCACUGCAACAACGGGUCAGCAUGAAAAUGAACUUAUUGGUAGGGCGAGAAUUCCAUUAAAGACCAUUCCAGCAUCCGGUAUGACUAUGUGGUAUAGUAUUGAUAAAAAGAACAAACUUAGUAAACAGGGGGUUUUGAAAGUCCGCAUUUCAUUUAGUUCGGGGAAAAACAAUCAAGUGGCGGAACAAGAACACAGACAUAUAAGGAGAAUAGUUUUAUUACACGAACUAGAAGUGUCUGAGGUAGCUCCAUAUUGGUGGUGUGGAAGUUUUAGUCCCCAAGCUCAACAGCUCUUAACUCAACAUAUAGCGCAAUCAGGAUUAUCCCCGAUAGAAGUUGAUCUCUGCUCUUAUUCAGUUUACGCUGGGGUUCACCAGAGCCAUCCUCUCAGUUUUAGUUUAUUUUCAAAAAUAUUGGAAAAAUUGGUGAAACCUAUGCAGACGAGUUCUAUGUUGGAAGAGGACGUUAAAUUAUUUUGGGAAGCCACAAAAAAACUUCUUCCUUCGUGUUUUAACGUUAUCAGGAAAAUUAGAAAGAAGAGUCCUAGCGAGAAAGCUGUUAUGAAACAGGUUGUGGAAGUUUUGAAAAUACUUAGUUAUAUCCGUUCUUUGGAACCCCCGGAGAAUUUUGAACUUUUUCCUAGUGCCUUAUUCCCUUGGAUAACUACUACUGAUGGAGGUUUAAACUGUGAUAUUGUAAAAACUCUCGAAGAUGCAGUUACUCAGGGCGUAAAUGAUUGGAUGAAUCAUAUUAUAGAAAACAAUAAAAAGCCUGACAACAGUGAUAUUUCAAAGCUACAGAAUCUGUUGCAGGUUAUACAACUCGUCAGAACAGAUCUGCAGAAAGCCAUUGAAUUUUAUGAUAAAUUAUUUUUAGAAAUCGUUAAAUUCCCAUAUGCCAAGUGCCUUUAUAAAUAUUAUGAGUCAAAGAUUUCGAACAUGUGUGAAUCAGACAUAGAAGAAAUAUGUACUAAUUUAAAAAGGGUGGAUUUUGGAGAAGUAGAUAAUGAUAAUUCACUUGAAGAGGAUCCGCUUUCAGAGGGCACGACAUUAUUUGAGUUGUAUUUGGCUAUUCAGAGAUUUGUAACAUUGGGUGAUGGUCUGUGUCCUACAGACUGCGACGGAUUCCAGAUAAAGCAAUUUCAUCAAUGGUUUCAUAAAGGGGUUGCUCAGUGGCUGGAUAUUGCUGCCUACAAAGCUCUCCAACGUAUAGCGAAAGCCGUCGAGUUAGACCAGUUGAUUCAGGUUGAUAACACUGUCAAAUAUAGUUCCUCGGCGGUUGAUACUUUGACCAUUUUUUAUCAGGUGAAAGUGUUUUGGCAACAACUAAAUUGGCCUGACGUAGAGAGUUCAUACUCAUUUAUAGCGAAAAUAAUUGAUGAUAUUUGCCGUUGUUGCGUUUUUUAUGCCGACAAAAUGUCGACAAAAGUUGAGGGAAUGGGCGAGACGCAAGAUAUCUACGAAAAAAAGUUUCAUGUUACCAAUGAAUGGUGUGUCGCAAUUAACAACAUAGACUAUGUCCGGGAAACUUUAGAACCGUUUACUAGUGACUUAGGAAUAGCGAACGUGAUAAGGAAGAUAGGUGACCUAAAAGGUCCGGUAGAUGCCGAAAGGUGUCAACACACGUUCGAUAACGUAGUGGCAAAUGCCAUUGAUACAGUAAGGAAUAAAAUCGUUGAACUUAUUGAAACUAUGGUGAUUAAGAUGGCGCCUUCUAUGAAGCGAUUAUUAGUUGAAGGGGCGGAGUUGUGUAAUCAAGAUAGCAACAGUGUUGAUAGAUUAAUGAUGUACGUCGACAAUAAUCUAAGUAUGCUACACAAGAAUUUAAACGAAGAGAAUUUUAACAGAACAUUAGAAAUCGUUUGGGACCAUAUAAGCGGUACUCUGAAUGAUAUUAUCCAAUCGAGCAUUGAGAAAAGACGACCACCUUCAUUUUUCGCCAACCUUAGUAAAACAUUGGAUUUGAUGUUAGGUUCGUUCAAAACCCCGGAUGUUAACAUUAAUUGCAGCUCCUUACAACGAACCGAACAAAUUUUAAGAUUGAAUGGAAUGGAAACUCCAGAUUUAAUACACGAAAUCAAUCUGAAGCUUGCCGAAACAUUCGAUUCAAUGACCGAAUCGCCAUAUGGAGAGAUAGCUUUCCGGUGUAAAUUCGAAGGUGACGCUAUAUAUAUCGAGAUCAUGAAUGCACGCAAUUUGAUUGCUAUGGAUUCAAAUGGCACUUGCGAUUCAUUUGUAAGAAUGCAUUUUUUACCAGCACACAAAUUUGGGAAUAUUGACAAACCAAAAACGAAAUGUCAUUACAAAACCCAGUUUCCUCUUUAUGACGAAAAAUUUACAAUUAAUUUAACCCCAGAACAAAGAGAACUAGAAGACGGGAUGAUCUUGCUUAGCGUAAAAGAUAAGGACUUAUUAGGCUACAAUAACCAAUACAUUGGUGAAGCAUUUAUUCACUUUAAAGACAUUGAGGAUACAAAUCGCCCUUUAAAUUCAUUAAAUCAAGUUUAUAAGUGGCUGGGAAGACCAGUGGAUUUAAACCUAGACGGUCUAAAGGCAUUGGAAAAUAGACAAGGUGAUAAACAAGCCAAAGAAUUUCUAAGAAAGUACAGACAGAGAAUGGGAUCCCAGUGAUUGCAGUUCAAGGAUAAUGUUGAUUAAAAAGUGUACUUAACCAAUAGACUGUUUCAUAUAAGAAUUAUUAAAUUUAGUAAUUUAUUUUUAUUCUAAAAUUUUCAUAAUAAAAUAAUUUACCAAAAAAAGAAGAAAUUUAUUUAAUUAACACUUACAUAUUUCAGCUUAAAUUUAUCAUGUGCUAUUGAGGAACAACAAAUAAAUACAAAAAUAAUUACAAAAUUUUUGUGUAUAAAAAUACAUCUAAAAAACCAAGUAUAUUCCAGUGAAAGUCAAUCAGUCAUAUUUACAGUCAAAAAAUGAAUGAAGCAGCUAUUUUCAAGCGGGCAAGCAAUGAAGUAUGAAAAAACAAAUUUCACUAGAAAAUACCCUUAAAGUUUUUUUUACAAAAUGUACAUGGUGUAGGCAUUUUUAGUGUAUGUACAGAUUUUUAUGAAUAAACUUUAUGAAUUUUGUAUUUCAAUCAACUGCAUUCCUUAAGACAAAGUGUUUCUAUCUAUUAUGAAACUAAAAGUCCAUAAGAAAUUAAAGACUUUUUAUACAAUAAAAUCUAAAAAUGUCAAGUAUCUUACAUUUUAUAUUGUAGUCAAUAUCACAAUAUAAAAUAUUGCAAAUUUUGCAUAUAACUUUUAGUAAAAUAACGAAAAUCUUGUUUCAGCAAUAGGUCAUCUAACAUUUUUAUUUUAUUUCAUACAAAAAUAGCACCAUAUCCAAAUUUACCAGAAAUAUCAAGACCUGGAUUAGGAGUUUUGGUUAAUAUGUGAUUGCCCUAAAUUUCGUACAAGCAUUCCAAUAACAACCUUGUAAUUCAUUUUCAACAUAUCAGAUUUUGCUGGUUUGUGAUUGACUUAAAAAAUGUAUCCUAUAUUGUGAAACAUGUAUUGCCACAAAUGUUUAAUAAUUCAUUGAUAAAUAACGUUGUUACACCCCAUUUCUGCUUCCAUCUCCUUUUAUGUGAGAAUUACAAACGCGGUAAAUGACUGUUCGAGGAAAGAAAACUGAAAUAUUUCAGAACGCCAGAGUUAGUUGAUCGAUUGUCUCCUAAUUCAGAAUUUCUUUGGACUCGCACAACACUCCAUGCAUUAGUCAAAUACUGCAGUAAAUUACUGAAAUUGCAGAUCACUUUGUUAUCUAAUACUACAAGAAAAUGUAAACAGAAUGGACUAAAUUCAGUUAAGCAAAGCAAAAAGAACAUAACAAAACUUGCAAUAUUCUUUGAUAUAUUUAUAAUUUACUAACAUCCAUGGGUACCUUACGUCCUUUAAGUUAAAUGUUAACAUAAACGUUCCUCUGAAAAAGUAAUUAACAUAUUUCACUUUCAAUAAAUAAAUGUGAGACAGUGAUCAACUGAUUAAUGGUGUUGACAAGAAAUUUACCAUAUUUCUCUAGGAUCUCCUGAUGCAACAAAAGUACUUUCAGUGGUUUAAAAUUAAAUGUAAUUUGUUUAUUAAUUGACUAAAUGUUUUAGGUAUUACGCAUAAUUACUGUAAAUUCUUUUAAUUCUAUUACCGGAAUAUGCUAGUAGAUAUUAUGCAUAAUAUCUCAUGAUUUUAUUAUUAAUGUAUAAUUCUUUUAAUGUGCUCAGUUAUGAUGCAUACGAUUUUCUGAUAUUAAUGAUAACAUAUAUAAAACAGGAAAUUUAAAUUUUCUAAAAACUGAAAUGAAAAGUUUUACUUUCCUUGGAUCAAAAUGAACCCAUAAGGGGGAUCGGAAAAUAGCAUAUCUUUAUCACAUCACUGUCUAGAGAAUAUCACAGAAUAAUAAUUACUUUCCAAAUUUUUUUAUAUAUGUGUGACUGCCUUCACUGUAGGCAUAUACAAUACAAUAUCAAAACUGAUUUCCGUUGUAACCGCUGUCCCACUAUGGGUGGUCAAUACAUAUAUAUAUAUAUAUAUAUAUAUAUAUAUAUAUAUAUAUAUAUAUAUAUAUAUAUAUAUAUAUAUAUAUAUAUAUAUAUAUAUAUAUAUAUAUAUAUAUAUAUAUAUAUAUAUAUAUGUGUUCGAAGUGUUUUCGGAGUGCGAGCAUUGAAGAUGCCAAGUGAGAUUUUGGCGAAACGUCUGCAGGAUUCCAGUCGGAGUUCAACGAGCGAACGGAUGAU